AUGAUUAUAUUGAUUUAUCUCAUUUGUUUGAAUUCAACAGCAUCAUUUGAAAUAUAGACUCUAGAUCCUUUAUACUAAAUAGCACAUUAAUUGGUGAAGAUUUAAGAUGAUGAUUUUAUACCAACUAAAUACUUUAGCUUUGGCAUUUGGUCAAAAUAUAAUCCUUUAAGUGCAAUCCCAUAGAUAGGUCCAGUUGGAUUAUUUGAUAGUAAUUGUUAUCAGCUUCAUCACAUUAUUGAUAAGAAAAGGAAUGAAUUAAAUUUCAUAUAUUACGAUUGUUUAGAUUAUGAGGAAAAAACAAUAAAAAAAACAAUUAAGUUUGUUGAUAAUGAAGAUGAAUAAAAAAUUUAUGAAAUUGAAAUUGAUAAAUUUGAAUAUGAAGACUUUUGGUACUUUUUAGAAAUCAUUUAAUGGCCUUUAUAAAAACGAUUUGAAAUUUUGAUAAUAUCAUAAUAAAAAAUAAUAAUUCAUAGUAUUGAUGAAAUAAAAUACCCAUUUAAGGGAAUAGAUCUGUAAUUUACUUUUGGAAGUAGCUUGAUUGUAAGUAAUUCAAGAAUAGAAUCAAUUCAAAAAGAUUAAAAAUUUUCCUAUUUUCCUGGAAUAAUUGUUAUAUAAAAAUAUAAUAUAUAUGAAGAAUUGGAUAUUAUUGAUUGGUUUGAAUAUGUGAAAAGUUUAUUUGAAAGUUAUGAAUUAUGUUCGUGUUAACCAAAUUAAAGUGUAAAAAUUUAAGAUAAGAAUAUUAAUUCUUAACUAAAAGGAGAAUUUGUUUCAGAAAAUUAAAAUUGUGAUUCUUUUGUUUUAUCAGGAUGGGUUAAAAUUCAAGAAAUCAUUAAAUAAGAUAAUCAAUUUAUAUAUCCAUUUAUAAAAUUAAUGGCAAAUUUUGAAGAUUCAAGUUUAUCUAGUGAUAACUUAUCCCCUUUAUAAAUUUAAUAUAAAUUAUCAGAUAUUUAGAAUUAAAUUAUUUUAACAACUUAUAGUUAUACUUUUCCUAUAGUUUCAAUAGAUUUUUCGAAUGAUCCUUUUUUAAAAGUGGAAAUUAUUGAUAUUCCCCAUAGUAUGAAUUUGUGGCAUAAAAUAUAAGUUAAAUUGAUUAGAAAUUAAAUAGAUAUUUAAAUUAAAUUUUAUGAUAAGUUAAUAAUUUAUGAAUAUAGUUAUUAACAAGAAGUUCGUCAAUUUAAAUAAUAGUAAUUUAAAUUAUUAUAUGGCAAUAUUUAAUAACUUUAAUCAAAUUACUUGCAUAUAUUAAUACGUAAUUUCUUUUUUUUAAAUUGUGAUCAAACUUUUUCUGAGGAGAAUUGCCAUUCAAAUUGUUUAGAAUGUGAUGGCCCUACUAAUGAAGAUUGUCUAUCUUGUUUAGAAGAAUCCAAGAGAAUUUAUUUGCCUGAACAUAAAGUAUGUGUUUGUCCUUACAAUACUAUUGAUGAUUAGAUUUGUAUUGGUUAUGAAGAAUCAAAUUUAGAAAUUAUUGAUGAACCUUUCAUAAAUACUGAGUGUAAAUAUGGUUAUUUUGAAUUAGAUAAUGAAUGUUAUUAAUGGUAAUCAAUAUAAAAUAUAUUUAUAGUCCUUCAAUAAUAAAGAAAGAUUUAAUAAUUUGUGUAGAAUGCUUAUAAAAUCCGAAGUCUUUUAGUAAAAAUCCAUAUUGUCAAUAUGAUUUAUAUCUCAGUCAAUCUAAUUAAACGGAAAGAUUUUAAUGGAGUUAUCUUGAUUAAUUACUUUUUGAUGGAAGUGAUAUUAGUGCAUCACCGUUGUUAUAAAAUCAAAUAACCUUUAUAAAUGAUUUGUAAUUUUUAUACUUAGACUUUUUGCAAAAAUCCAUCCCUUCUAAAAUAUAUUGUGAGAAAUAAAAUUUUGAAUGUCCAGAAAUAAAUUAAAACGGAUGCUAAAAUUACUAUUUAUCAAUUUCUGGUGUAAAAUGUACAUCAUGCCCAUAUGCAUAACCACUAGUAGACGGUAAGUGUAUUCCAUUAGAUAUUAUAAUUUCAAAAAAUUGUCUUUCUCCAAAUUAUAUCACAUCUACUAAUCAAUGUAAAUUAUGUCCUAAAAAGAAUUGUAUUUAUUGUUUCGAAUACUAAAAAGAUGAAAUUUCCUUCAAAAGUACCUUGUAUAAAGAUUUUGAAAGUUUUAAUACUGACUAAAUAGUAUAUAUUGGCUGUGCAAUGUGCGAAGAUGGAUACAUUUUUGACUUUUUGAUUGGAGAAUGUUUUAAAUAAUAACCAUAAAUUGAAACUUGUUUAAGAUCAUUUAUUAAUUUAGAAGGUAUUGAAAUUUGUACUUUAUCAUCUAAAACUGAUUUUAGCAUAGCACCUGAAAUUAUUAAUUGUUAGAAAUAUUAUUCUAAUUGUUUAUAAUGUGUCCUUACUCCUAAAUCAAAGUUAUAAUGUGUACUCUGUAGUUAAGGAUAUGUUAGUUCAGUGAUUACAGGGAAUUGUUACGAAAGUUAAAAUCCUUUAUAUUUGGAAAAUAGUAUUCAUGUAAUUUAAGGAGACUUUUUUGAAGAAGAUGGAUAUGUUCAAUUGCUUUAAAGUUUUUUAAUGUAAUUUUUACCUGAUUAAUAUUAUUAUUCAUACACUCCAGAAUAAUUAAAAGAGUUUACAAUUAAAUGUAAAAAUGGAUAUUAAAUAACAUCAACUCAAGCGUGUUAGAAAUAUUGUAGUAGUGAAUGUUUAAAUUGCUAAGAUAAUUUUUAUAAUUUUAUUUGUAUGAAAUGUCCUUUAAAUUACUACAGAAAUCAUAUAAGAGUAGAAAUUCACGGUCGAUGUGCUACUUGUUCUAAUUUAUGCCAAUAUUGUUAAGAGAGAGAUGAGAAUGAAAUUUAAGUAAGAUUUUAAUACUAUAAUAGGUAUUGCAACCAAAUUUUUAGGUGCAGGAAUAAAAUGCUUAAUUUACAAUGAAAUGUCUUAAACCAGUUGAUGAUCCUAAUAUAAUCAUCAAUCCAUAUUUAUAAAAUAUUAAAUACUGUUUUAAUGAGAUAUGUUAAAAUCAUUUUUCAUUCUCCUAUUAUUUUUAAACCUGUAUGUUUGAUAGAUAUUAGCCAGAUACAUAUGAAUAUUAAUUAAAUUUUCAAUACUGCAACUUAGUUGGAAUAGAUUAAAUGACAAUAAAUUACAUCUUUUAAAUUGAUGAUAAAGAAGAUUGUGAAUUUUAUAGAUAACUUGAAUUAUGGAAUGGUUUAAAGAAUAAAAUCUUUUCACUAAAGAAAGCAAAUAUGAAUCUAUUUUCUGUAUAUGAUACUAUAUUAACUUCAUCAGAUAAAAUAAUCAUAAAUAAUUAUGAUUCAGUAGAAGUCAAAAACAUUAAACUUACAUUAUUUAAUGGAUUUAUUUUGAAUAAUAAUAACAAUUAAAUAGAGAUAACAUUAAAAAAUUUGAUUUUAAUUCAAAGCAACUUUUCUGAUAUAAUAAUUCUUCCAACUUAGGUUUAUGGAAAUAUUCUUAUUUAGGAUGUUUAGAUUUUAGAUUCUAUUUUUAAAAAUUCAUCUUUUUUUGAAUUUUAAAGGCAAUCAAUUUCAUUAAAUUUAACAAUUAAAUAAUUAACAUUUAAGAACUGUCUUUUAGACAAUUCAACAUUAUUCAAAAUAGACUACAUUCAAGCUUACAUAAUUAUUGAAAACAUCCUUAUAGAAAAUUGUUAACUAUUUAAUUCUUCAUUUUUCUCAUUCUAAACAGAUUUGAACAAUGUAAAUUAAAUCAAAUUAUUUGAUGUUAGAAUUAAUUAAUGUAAUUACACUCUUUCUUAUUUCCUCAAGAGCAAUAUUAAGUUUAAAAUAAUCUCAAGUAAUCUAUAUAUUCAUAAUAACAAUUUUUUUAAUUCUGUAUUAAUAGCUUUUAAUGAUGAUAUUGAAUUGAUUAAUGUUAGAACAAGUUAGAAUACUCUUAAAGGAUCUUCAAUUAUAUCAACAUUAUUAAUUAUUAUUAAUUAAUAAAGAGUGUUAUGCACAAUAGAUGAUUUUGAAGAUAAUUUGAGUUCUUUUUAAGAAUCAAGUUUGAUAAUUAUUUAUUCUAGUCUUCAAAUCAAUAAUUUUAUUGUUAAUAUUAAAAAUUUUAAAGUUUAAGAAAAUACACAAUUUGAUACAUUAAACCUUUAAAAUUAACUAUUUAAAUUACAUUGUCAUUAAAUAAUAAUCUAAAAUGCUUAAUUUUUAAAUCUGCAAAACAUAGCAGUGUUUUAUCUUUUUGAAAUAAACUAAAUCAUUUUUGAUUCUGUAAUUCUUGAGAAUUAUGAGUAAGUACAUAAAGUUCCUCUAUCUUAAUUUUGUAGUGAUCAAGUAUCAUUUAGAAAUUAACUAUUAUAAGUUAUAGGUUUUCAGUAAUUAUCAUUAUCAAACAUUAAAAUUUUAAAUCAAUUCAGUAUUAAUUAUUCAUUAAUGGAUAUAAAUUUUAGUACCUAAUUUAUUAUUGAUUAAAUAGGAUAAGUAAUAUUAGUAAAUGUAUAAUUUAGAGGGAAUAUAUUAUUAAAAAACAAAUAAGCAACUUCAUUAUCAUUAAUAAAUAUAUAUUCUCAAUAUAAUUUAAAUAUUAAACUAAUUAAUUUUUAAUUUACCCAAAACAUAAUAAAUUAAUAAAUUGACGAGCCACUUGAAACAUAAACUAAUUUAUUAUGUAUAAGUUCAUUAGAUAGUUUUAUUUAAAUUCAUUAAUUAUAUUGUUAUUAAAAUGCCUUAACUAAUUCAACCAAUUCAUUCAUUACUGUUACUGCUACUUUGAUUGAAAUUUCUAAUUUAAUAUUUAUGAAUUCUAAUCUUUUACCAUAGGCUUUAUGGCAACAAUUUUAUGAUUUUGAAUUAGAAGAUUAAUAUAAUCAACAAGAAAUUAACUCAAUUAUUCAAUCAACAUUUAAAAUAUUAAAUUAAGGAAUUUUUAUUGUAGCUUCUACCUUUAGUUGUACAGAUAGUUUAUUUUAAGAUAAUAUUGCUGUUAAAAAUUCUAUUUUUUCAAUUAAAACUCAAGGAUAAGGGAUAAUCAAAAUACAUAAUGUCUAAAUAGAUUCUGUUUAUACUAAUCUAAAAGAUAGUGGAAAUACAGGUUGUAUUAGUAUAGAUUCAACAAAUAGUCUCUUAAAUUUUGAGCUGAAAAAAAUAAAAUUUACAAACAUAUUUAAUAGAAUGGCUCCAUCAUUACUUACAAUAGUUCCCUCUUUAAAAUCAAAUAUUAUUCGUUUAAAUAAUAUUGAAAUAAUAAAUUGUCUUUCCUUAAUGAAUACAAUUAUGUUAGUUCAAUUUUCAGCAUAAGUUAUGAAAUAAAGUUUAGUAAGUAUUAAAAAUUUAUCAAUUUAUUCAAAUGAAGAAUAAUGGAUUUAGUUAUUUUCCUUGAUUGGUCCAAUAACAUUAUCAGAAUUAAAUAACAUAUUAAGCGAAGAUAAUGCUAUGUUUUCUUUUGAAAAUUGUAAAAUUGAAAUAAUUAAUCUUUAUGUUGAAGGAAUAUCAAUCUCUCCAAUUAUCAAAUCUUAAAAUGCUUAUAAUAUAAAACUGUUAGAUUGUAAACUAUUAUCUAUAUAAAAAUUAUAUUCAUUCGACCUAAUACAUAUAACUUAAACUUUAAUAACUGAAUCAAAUAUAUCUAUUGAAAAACUAAAGAUAGUUUAGAGUAAUACAUAUCAACCAAAAUCUGUAGGAAUCCCUAUAUUUUCAGAUUUGAAUUAUAAAAUCGUAGGAUGCAAUUUGUGGAAGAAUACAUCAUUUACAUAAUAAAUUAUAUUUUCGGAGAUUAUCAGCCAGUUAUAAUCUUCUAAUUAGUAAUCAAAUCAAAUGAUUUAUGUGAAAAGUAUUUCAGACUAAAAUUCUCUUAUUUUUUAAGAGAUAGAAAUGAUUAAAAAUAAUGGAUCAGACUUUACUGAUGGAAUAAUCACUUUUGAAAUUGAACAAUUCUAAAUUUUUAAAAUAAAUAAUAUUUUUUGCUAUUAGAAUAAUGUGAAAUUAAAUGGUUGCAUAUAUUUUUUGAUCCAAAAUUUUAUUAAUUAAACCAUCAUAUUCAAAGAUUCAUAUUUUAUAUAGAAUAAUGGAAGUUUUGGAGGGGCUAUAUUAAUUUAAAAUGUUAAAUUAAAGAUGAGAAAUUGUAAAAUUAUAUCUAAUUAUGCAAGUAUUAAUGGUGGAGGAUUGUUUUUAUAACUAAAAGAUUCCGAUUUUUUAAUUGAAUCAACAAUAAUUACUAAUAAUUAGGCUUUAGAUGGAGGAGGCAUUUAUUUCAACUAGGAUGGAUCUAUACGCCAUUCUAAUUUUAUAAAAUCUUUUUUAUAAUUUAAUAAAGCAAUAUAAUUUGGAGAUAAUCUUAUUGAAUCUCCUCAUCAUUUAGCAUUGCUUAUCAACAAUAUGGAAAUGUAGUUAAAAAAAAUAAACAAUAAUCAAAUACAUUAUCAUCAUUUAGUGCUCAAACCCUAUAAAAUUAUUGAAUAAGGAAUUCCUUUCCUUACGUAAUAUUUAAUGAUCCCUAGUUAUUAAGUUAUUAAUUAAUAUCAAAUUUAUUCACCCUUUUGGAUUCAAUAUUUUUCAUAUAUUGUAAAUUUUGGUGUAGUACUAAAGAAUAGUUUAAACGAAUAACUUCCUAAUAUUCUUAAUACAAAAUGCAUUCUUAUUAAUAAAACUAUUUAUGAAGAAGGCUCAGAUUAGGUGAGUGAGCAUUAAGAACAAAUAGUUUUGUAAUUUGAUCAAGAAAAAGAUUAUUAUGAUUUAGGAUCUCUUUCUUUUAUUCUUGAUCCUUAUAAUUAAGAAAAUAAAUUAUUAUAAAUUAAGAUUAGCUGUUAAUCAUCUUAGCAAGAGAAUAGUUUAAAUUAUGUGAUGUAAGCAAAAGGCUUGAAAUGCUAACUUGGAGAAUUUUAUGUGAAUUCUGGAUGUUAAAUUUGCUCAUCAAGUUAAGGGUUUUACUCUGUAGUAUAUGAUGCAACUAAAUGUUCUAUAUUUGAUAAAACAAAAUUUAAGAACAUAACUGAAAAUAACAUAGAAUUAUUUGAAGGUUUUUGGAGACCUAAUUAUUUAUCAGAUUAAAUAGAGGAAUGCUUUAAAAAUUAAAAAUUUUGUAAAGGUGGUUGGGGAUAAGGAAAUUAAAUAUGUGAUUUAGGACAUAUUGGAGCAUUGUGUGAAGAAUGUGAUAUUUAUAAUAUAAGAGGAGAUGGAAAAUAUUUUAAAAAUCAAUAGGAUUCAUAUUGUAUAUCUUGUUUUGGUGUUAAGGAUAGUAUAAUCCCAUUUAUAGCAGCAUCAAUUUGGUAAUUUAAAUUAAUAUCUAGGUCGUUUAUAUCUAUCAUUAUAACCUUAAGAAGUAUUGAAUAGUCUAAUCUACUAUUCAAAAGUUUAAAAUUAUAAUAAAGAUUCAGCAAAAUUAUUUUUAAUCUUGAAUAAGGUAUAUAAAUCAUUAAUUUUAAGGGCAUGAAAGUUUUUUAAUAAAAAUGUUAUUAAAUUAUUUAUGGAUAUUCUCUGUUAUAUUUACAUUCAAUAUACAAUUCUCGUUUUCAUUCACUUUUGUUGAUUCAGCCAGUAAUACUUCCUACUCGAUGACAAAUAAUUUAGAUUGUUAUUUAUCUGAAAAUCAAUCAAUAAAAUUAAUUUACUCUAAAAUAAUCACAAUGCUUGUACUCAUGGCAUUCUAAUUUAUACUUAUAAUUAUGGGAUUUCUAAUUUAUAAUUGGUAUAAAAAGAUUGGAUUGAGUAAUUUCAACUUGGAAACUAUUUCUAAUAGUCUACUCUACCUUUAUGUUUCUAAUUAUGGUGGAUUGGUUAAAAUGUAAUUUAAAUCUUAAUUUCUUUUAGGUAUUUCUCUAUUGUUUCUAAAAGAGAUGUUUCGAGUUAGAGCUAUAUCCAAGGUGAUGUCUCUCUCCUUUUUGGAUCUAAAGAACAUUUAAUUUGGAUUUUCUCAUUUGUUAUUCCAGGAAUAAGUGUUUUUAGUUUGAUUAUUCCUCUUUCCCUUUUUAUUGUAAUGUACAUUAAAAAAGAUUAACACGAUAAUAUUAAAAUAAGAAAACAUGUUUGCUAUUUAAUUAAUGAAUACAAUAAUCGAAGUUAUUUUUGGGAAGUAAUUAAGUUAAUUAAAAAAACAAUUAUUAUUCUAAUAUUAACAUAUUUUGAAACUUUUAUUCUAUUAAAAGCAUCAUUGUUGGGAUUAUGUUUACUCUUUUAUUAGGUAUUAGCUUUUAACAAAAAACCAUAUAUUCUUUCCAAUUUCAAUAGCAUGGAUUUAUCUUCAGCAUAAAUAUGCUCUAUUACAAUAUUCCUUGCUGCUGCUAAAUAUGUAUCAGAACAAGAAAAAAAUUAGUUUUCAUCCAUUAUACUCUAGACUAUUAUUGUUCUUCUUUGUAUUAAACUUUGCUAUUCUUUUAUUAAGAGCAUAUUAGAAGUUUACUCAAAUAAGUACUCUAAUUUAGUAUUAAAUUAUUUACAUAUAAUUUUGGAAAAGAUUUCAUAAGAUUCAAUUUUAACAAAAAAGUUAUAAAACCAUAUAUAAAAAUCAAAUUAAAGAAAUAAGAGAUUGAAAAAAUUGGUUAGUAAACUUAGAUAGCACCUGUUGAAGAUUUCUAAAGUCCAGAUUCAAACUCAAAGAAAAAUGCUGAACUCUUAGAGCAAUUAAACUUAAUCCUUAGGGUCUGAAUAAAAAUACCUUUUAAAGAUAGAUACUGAAUGA